AUGGAGUCUAUAAAAAAGAUAAACAGGAAGUUUCUAAUUACACCGAAAAUUUUGUACUUUUUCGUGAACCUCCAGUAUUACACUCUUCAUCAGUUUAGAGGCGUCUUUGCCAAGAAGAAGUUUGGUGCUACUGAUGGGGAUUUGGCAAAAUAUAUGGGGCCCAUGCUUGGAACAAUAUUUUUCACUAAUAUCUUUAUCGGUACAAUGAACGACAAGUUUGGGAGGUCCCAUCUAUUUAUAGUUGGAGCCCUUCUUCUCACAUGUGCUCUUCUUCAGCUAUUCUAUAUAGAGCCUUAUAUAGGCAUCUUCCCAGGGAUGUUUUGGGUGAACCUUCUUCUUUACAUGGCCUUCAACAAUGGGAUUCCCCCAUUGCUUGAUAAGGCCGUGCUGGAUUAUCUGAACGGAAUCCCUGAGGCAGGCGCUAGAGCCUAUGGGAAGCAAAAGCUGUGGGGAACUGCAGGCUAUGGCUUGUCCUGCAAAGUAAUAGAGAAGUGCAUCAAGUUUGGAGAUGAUUUUAAGUUUGGUAAUCUGAGGUACUACUCCCUGGUGACCACAGCUCUGUCUUCAAUAUUGGUGUUUUCACUGCUCAAAUCUCCUGCAAGCGAAGGGAGAACUGCUAGAAGAGACAUAAUGGCAAAUUGUAAGGAGUUGAUGAGAAAUGGAUCUUAUUUGUUCUUUAUACUUAUGAUACUUUUGAAUGGAAUAACAAGGCAAGCCUUGUCCAUAUACCAUACAGUGUACCUGACAGAUGUGCUACAGAUCAAGGGAUACGACCUCCCUUCUUCCUGGCCAAAUUGGCUCCAAUACUUGGUUAACUUCUUCAAUGAGUCACCCGUGGCAACAACAACCUUUUGUGGAAUGGUUUUCGAGGUUGUGAUGCUCUAUCACUUUCCAGCAAUAAGCAAAAGGAUUGGACUAGUCUGGCCAUUUUUCAUUGCCCAGCUAUUCCAGAUAUUCAGGGUUGGAUGCUAUUUCCUGUUAGAUUACAAUGACCCGCAUGUGUUUCUGUAUAGCUGCCUUAUUGAACUCACGAGGGGAAUGUACUUCGGGCUAUUACAGCCAUCUGCAGUCCAGCUAGCGAUGAACCUGUGCCCGCCGCACCUCAAAUCUACUUCGCAGAUGAUCUAUCAUGGAACCUUUACAGCCCUCGGGUCUCUUGCUACCACUCUUGUAUUUGGGAACCUUUUCUCCGAGGAUAAGAUGAAGGGAAAGGACAUUCCCAUUGAAGACAGAGCAGCAAACUACAAGAUGUUCUUCUUUGUAAAUAUAUGCUUUGCCUCUGUCACUACUGGGCUAUUUGUUUACAAAUACUUCAUUCUGGAUCGGAUAUCAAGGCGUGGCACAGAUCAAGAAAAGAAGGCAAUAAUAGAGUCUCAGGAAGAGGCAAUGGCAAAUAAAUAG